AUGCAGUCCUUGCGCUCGGCACACAACGGCAGUAUUAUGGAAACCUUCCGCUACAUGGUGCAGCGCGAGGGGUUCUUCAGACCCAUCCGCGGCAUGUCGGCCGUGGUGAUGGGCGCCGGGCCGGCCCACGCCUGCUUCUUCGCCACCUACGAGCAGAGCAAACACACGCUGUCCCAGCUCACGAGGCAUCGACACGACCACAUCAUACACGGGUUGUCGGGCUGCCUCGCCUCGCUGGUCCACGACGCCGUCUCCAACCCCACUGAAGUGGUGAAGCAGCGGCUGCAGAUGCUCAACUCCCCGUACCGCGGCGUGUGGGAGUGCGCGCGCGGCGUGUACCGCGCCGAGGGCCUGCGCGCCUUCUACCGCUCGUACGGCACGCAGGUGGCCAUGAACGUGCCCUUCCAGGCCGUGCACCUCGUCACCUACGAGUGGGUGCAGGGGCUGCUCAACCCGCGGCGCUCGUACGAGCCGCGCGCGCACCUGGCGGCCGGCGCGCUGGCCGGGGCGCUGGCCGCCGCCGCCACCACGCCGCUGGACGUGUGCAAGACGGUGCUCAACACGCAGGAGGGCAGCGCGCGCGCCGAGGGCCUGGCCGCCGCCGCCGCGCUCGUGCUGCGGGCCGGCGGGCUGCGGGCCUUCUUCCGCGGCGUGCGGGCGCGCGUGCUCUACCAGAUGCCCGCCGCCGCCAUCUGCUGGCUCACCUACGAGACGCUCAAGCAUGCGCUGCUCACUUUCGACAUGGAGGAGAGCGGCCCCUGUGCGGGGUCGGCGGGGCCGGGCGCGGGGAGUGGCGCGGCGGGGGCGGGGACGGCGGGGGGACCCCUCGCGUGCGCCGCGCUCAGGCUGGCCGCCGCGGACGUGCCCGGACCACUCACCAGGACGUAG